CUGCCAGAAGACCUUCAACAUGUUAAGCUAACUUCAAAGUCAAGUCAAUUGUUUUUGAUGUUUAAAAUCAUCUGUGAUGUGGGGUCAGAAGAGGCAAGUGAGGCAAAAAAUAGAACAUACAUUAGAGUCUAUAGAGCUGUUAUAAAUGUGUUUUCUGUGUAAUUCCAAUUAUUUUUAACAUCUUUUAAGUACAAAUCACUGGUUGAGCACAUAAGUAUAUACGGCUGAAAUCUUAGUUGAAGCUAUGGCUAUACAAGCGGAACCUCUGAUUGCGCAAUCUUAUAUAAACUUGGGUUAGCUCACCAAAAUAAUUUUAGCAGAAACAUUCAUUAUACGCCAGGACUUGUUACAGUGUAUGUAUUAUUUAAUAAAAGUAACAAUAUUAUUACUCAGAUAAUAAAUUGCACGUAAAUAUGGCGAGGCACACAGUACUUUGGCUCACCUUGAAGGGGGGGCGUAUGAUGCAGAUUCUUGUCACUGUCAUCUUUCUACAGAGAGGAUUUUUUUUCUACAUUUAAAACCCUUCGUUGUGGUUUACAUAACAUGACAUGGUGGUCCUUUGGUCAAAAUUUUGCAUAGAUUGUUUUACAGACCAUCUUUAAGCCGCUUUCUGACCGUGUCUUCAGGAAGCGCCGUUUUGUGGGCGGUCUUAUUUACCUAACUCGACUUUGACUGCGUCUUCUCCCCGUCAGCAUGUUGUAGUUUGUAACACUUUCAUAUAGUCUACUGACAGAUAUAAGAACUACUUUGUAUAAGAAAUGGCAACCGCGGAGGAUGCAUGUGCAUGUACGAGCCAAUCUGCCCCACAACAAGAGGAUAGAAGAAAAAGAAGGAACUUAUUGAACAUCAGACUACAAUGGCCGACUCGUGCAAAGCUCCUCAGGUAAAACUUGACCAUAUAUGGAGAUAUCUGUUGACUUCACCAAUUGGAAAAACUUAACAAAUGGGGCAAAUUCCAAACGGCUCGUUUGGAGGAAGAAUGAAGAUUGUUUUCUUUCUAUUUUCGCCAUGUCUCCAUGGUUUGGUUUCCUAUUUUUGGGACUCAUGCAGAUCCAAAAUAUACACAAACCGGUACCAAUAGGUAUGAAAAGUUUAUUUUCCAUAAUAGGUCCCCUUUAAAAGAAAAUUAGGACUUUUUCCAGCAAACAGCUUUUCUUGGAGAGAGAGGUGCAUGGAUCUCUAUACGGUUAGUGGUAAAAGUCCAAAGGAGUCAGUACGUCUCCAGCCAUGAGCCCAUGUUACUUGGUUUUUGGUAAUAGGGGAGGUCCCAACCGCAACUUGCAGACCCUAACCCAGAUGUCCUAAACUACCUUUAUCUAAGGGCCUACAAUUUUCUCAGUUGACAAUGUAGAGGCCAGUUUUGUAAAAAAAAAAAAAAAAGUCAUCAUAACAAAUACAAAAAAAAUAAAUAACGGUAUGUUACCAUUCUCCCUGACUGGAAAUUGAACCCUCGGUCCAUGACUUUAGAGCAAGCAUUAUUACCCAAUGAGCUAUCAAGCCGCUUAGAACGUAACUUCUCCGUUAAUGUGCAGUUUAUAUCUAAAACUCUGGUUUCAUUGUGUUAUUUUUGGCGGCGCGGAUUAGGCCCUAGGGCCACCGAUUGAGGGCUUCUGCUCUAACCUGUCUCAUUCUUCCAUAUCCUCUUCUCACACCACCCCCUUUGCAUUCCAUCUCACCCAGGUUUACCUUCCCUCCUAUCCUUUUGCACGUCCUCCUAGUGUCUUCGGUUUUUCCCUUGUUCUCUUUGACUCAUCUUUAGCUUAAUUUUCCAUGCUGCCCUCUUCCUUUCCCAUUGUUUUCUUCCUUUUGUCCUAUUGCUUCCUAAGUCUCCAUAUCUUCAUGUUUCUUUAAUUUAUUUUACUAUCAUUUCCUUCACUUAUUCUUGUCCUGUCAAAUGCUCUUUUGUUCAUAUAUUCUUCCUCUCCCAUCCUCCAUAUUUCUCUCAUCCCAUUCUCUUGCAUCCUGUCUUGUCUCCAUCCUCUCAUUCUCCCUUCCGUCCUUCUUCCAGUGAGCUGUUCCUUCCCGCUCUUCUCCCAGACACAUUUUCUUUUGUCUGACACUCUCAGGACUCCCCUGUGAGCCGAGCAUGGCAGACAGGUUGGUAAACUUGGAUGGGAGGGAGGAAAGGAAGGAAGGCAUGUGUGUAAAUAUGUGUGUGUGUGUGUGUGUGUGUGUGUGUGUCUGCUGCAUCACUGAGCCACAGAGCCCCGAGGCGAGGAGAGCGUUUGUCCUUGAGACUUGACUGCAGACGUGGAACACGCAUCCAGUGGAUGAAAGUGACAGAAGGAGUGACCAUGUAGGUGAGGUUCCUUCUGCUCCCAGAGAUCCUGGUAGAAUGUCCGUAAGGGGCCUAGACCCCACUUGUACCUCCUCCAUAAAGCGGGAGCCCUCCAGCCCCAGCUCCCAUGGAGAUGCCAGCCCGGCUCAGCCCAGUCCCGGUAGCUCUUCGUCGGACACCAACUCCAGCUACGGGCCCCUCAUUAAGGGCCACGUCCACACCAAUGAACUGGACUCGUCUGGUCCUUACGGGCGUAUGACGGGGUCGUCUGACAACGGAGGACCUAACAGGAGGUUCGUGGAGGAGGAGGCUCAAGUGAAAUGUGAAUUCCUCCUGGGCUCCGUGGCCAAGCGUCUGUGUCUGGUGUGUGGCGACGUGGCGUCGGGCUACCACUACGGCGUGGCUUCGUGCGAAGCCUGCAAGGCUUUCUUCAAGAGAACCAUUCAGGGUAACAUUGAGUACAGCUGCCCGGCAUCCAACGAAUGUGAGAUCACCAAGCGGAGGAGGAAGUCGUGCCAGGCGUGUCGCUUCGUCAAGUGUCUGGCCGUGGGCAUGCUCAGGGAAGGUGUUCGUCUGGAUCGUGUUCGAGGUGGCCGCCAAAAGUACAAGCGGAGAAUCGACAGUGAGAACAGUCCGUAUCUUCACCUGCAGCACGUUCUUCCACAGAAGAAAAGCUUCAGCACAGUUGGAGACAACAAAGUGGUGUCCCUGCUCCUGCUGGCCGAGCCAGACGCCAUCUUCGCCAUGCCGGAUCCAACAGUGCCGGAGAGCGACAUCAAGGCUCUGACCACUCUGUGCGACCUGGCCGACAGAGAACUGGUGGUCAACAUUGGCUGGGCCAAACACAUCCCAGGCUUUCCAUCGUUGUCGCUGGCAGACCAGAUGAGUCUUCUGCAGAGUGGCUGGAUGGAGAUUCUGAUCCUGCGGGUGGUCUUCCGCUCGCUGGCACUGGAGGACAAGUUGGUCUAUGCCGAGGACUACGUGAUGGACGAGGAGCAGUCCAAGAUGGCUGGACUACUGGACCUCAACAAUGCUAUCCUGCAGCUGGUCAAGAAGUGCAAAGCCGUCGGGCUGGACAAGGAGGAGUUUGUGCUGCUUAAGGCUAUCGCGCUCGCUAACUCAGACUCUGUGCACAUUGAGGACUCGGACGCUGUCCAGAGACUCCAGGACGUCCUCCAUGGGGCCCUGCAGGAAUACGAAGCCGCCCGGCACCCGCAGGACCCUCAACGGGCGGGCAAGCUGAUCAUGAGCCUCCCUCUCCUGCGCCAGACGGCCGCUCGCGCCGUGCAGCACUUCUGCGGCGUCAAACAAGAUGGCCGCGUGCCCAUGCACAAACUUUUCCUGGAGCUGCUGGAAGCCAAAGCCUGAGGGAACUCUCGGCUUUGACUUCAUUGGUUUUUAUGUUUGAUGCAACAGGAAGUUGGUGAGGCUGCAGCCAUGUUUGCAGUGGACAGUGACGGAAAAAGAGCCUUCGAGGGAUACAUGCCAAACAAACAAAGAAGCUUCUUUUACGAUACUUGAAGACCCUUGUGGACCAUCUUGUCCUUCUGGAAGCCUCCUCAGAUGCAUUCUGUACGUGUUCCUUACGGAGUAAAGCUAAAGUGUCUCCUCCUUCCUUCAGGAAACCAGCAAACGUAAUCAGCAAGGACAUUUUCAGGGAAAGAAACAUGAUAUUUAUUUAAAAAAUGUGUAUCUACUUAUGAAGGCUGGAAUCAAAUUUUUCAUGUGAUUUUCUUUUUAAAAUAUAUAAAUUUAUCAGCACUAAUAGUGUCUCAUCUAAAUGGACUUAAAGAUCCAAACAAACAUACAAUCGAUAAUUAAUUAUAUCAUAAUGUUUAUGCCUUUAGUAGGCUUUCAUACAAAUAGCACAAUGCUGGAAUUAGUCACAAAAAAAAAUUGCUUUAAAAAAAUAAAGAAAAAAUUGCUUGAAAAAUAAAAUAAUAUAAAUUAUUUGGUUAUAUAAUUAACCAUAAACUUGGAUUAUUUAUUUGGCAAAUUAUUAAAAAAAAAAUUUUUUUGAAAUGAUAAAAAUAACAAAUUACAAAAUAAAUGGAAGAAUUACAUACCUUAAUGGUUAAAAAAAAAAAAAAUCCUAAAUAUUAUCGAUACUAUUAUACCAAUAAAAAUAAAAGGUGAUACUGUAACAGAAAAUAAGAAAAAAACUAUAGGAUAAAAUAUCUAGAAGAAAUAGCCCAAACAAAACAAAACUACUAAUUGCUUUAAAUUUCUGUAUUUCGAUGCAUUUGUCCGCCAUGUCUAUGGACAGAGGGACAUCUGUUUGCUGUUUGCUUGCAAACAAUUCAAAUGCAAUAUAGCGCUUACAUUUUUGUACAAUAUCCUACUAAAUUUCCAGCGGGAAAACAUGGACCUCCGUGUGUGAACUACUUGUCUUCGUAGCCGCAAUGAAAAGUGGUGUCAAACGUGUUUUUUGCUCGUGUGUCUGCUCUUAGUGUGCUUUGUGUGCAGAACCACGGGAGGAAGGACUCAUAUAAUGUGCUCAUACAUAAUUAGAUGCAAAAUAAUGCUCAAGAUUUUGAUGCUAUGCACUGAAUUUUUACGCCAUGUCUGAAGUGUUUGUUUCUCAGGUGCAGAUUUGGGCAGCAAUAAAGAAGCGUCUCCUCCA